UAACACCCUUUUUUGACCCUAAUUAUUCCUACAUUACUUGUGACACUUUUAACAUUAUAUCCAUUUCGACACGUCUACUUUGAGUAGGUUGAACAGAUCAUAUUUUAGUUAGGUGAAUUAUGGUUGGCUUUCUCAAAUAUUACAAGCCAAAUUAACAAGCCCUCUUCCCCGCACUUAGAAUCAUGAUUCAUUCCCCCCCUUCUUUCCUUGUUAAUUCGUUCCAAAUUAACAAGCCCUCUCCCCAAGCCAAAUAUGGUUGGAUAUAAUCUCUUUAUCCAAAUAAUAUUUUCCCACCUAACCCUCUAUAAAUAUAAUGUGGGAUCCAUUAAUCUAGCUUCAAUAUUUUCAAGAAAAUUUUUUCCUUUAGCCUCAUAUUAAGUUUGCAUGGAAGGCGGAAACUUCCCCUACUACUUUAACUCGUCGCCAGCGUUCCCGUUGAGUGGUUCGUCCACGAAUGUUCUAGAACAAUCUAUGCAAAACCCUAAUUUUGCAUCUUCUGAUCAGAUGGAUUUGGCUAGCCUUUUGUCAUCCGGGUCGAUCGAACAGAACCCCAGCUCGUCGGCUUCGAGGGAAGUAGAUCAAAGCGGUAUCAGAAGUAAAUCGAAGUUCGGGAAGAAGAAGAAGAGCAUUCCGCAGAGAGUGGCGUUUCAUACAAGAAGUGAAGAAGACAUUCUUGAUGAUGGCUUCAAAUGGAGAAAAUAUGGGCAGAAAUCUGUCAAGAAUAGCAUUCAUCCAAGGAGCUACUACCGGUGCACGCAUCAUACGUGCAACGUGAAGAAACAGAUACAGAGGCUUUCGAAAGACAACAGCGUGGUGGUGACGACGUACGAAGGAAUUCACAACCAUCCGUGUGAAAAGCUAAUGGAAACGUUGAGUCCUCUGCUCAAACAGCUUCAGUUCCUCUCAACAUUCUAAAUAACACACAAAUGUAUAGAAAUCAUUGACCGGAUGUAACAUACUGCACCUGACUUUAUGUAUCUAUCUUACUUCCUUUCAACUUCAGAAUA